AGGUGCCUGCAUGUGCAUGUGUGAGUGAGGCACUGCCUCUGAUUUAGUCCAGACUGACUGGGCUCACAGCAUCUCUGCUCUCACAUUGUUGGACCACUACUGUGCCCUGAAGGAUAUCCUGAUUCUGCCCAUCUUCUGCCUCGACUUCUGAUCUCUCGUUUUGAAAGGAUUGUGGAAUUAGAAGACUGCAAAACAAUACAGGAAUAUUAAAACAACAGCAAAAAGAAGAAAAAAAACAUCCUUCUUGUGCUUGCCUUCUUUAAACUUUUUUUCCUGGGAGCAAUUUUGUUCAGUUGUUUUGUCCUCUAAACUGGAAUAAUGUCCACCGGCGGGUCCACGGGGGCAUGGUUUUCGAUGCGGCUUUGUGCCAUGGUGGUCGUGCUGGCAGUGGGCAGCACAGAGCUGAACAGGGACAGGGACAGGGGCGAAAAUGGAUCGUCCUGCUAUGGGGGAUUUGACCUCUACUUUGUGUUGGACAAAUCCGGGAGCGUGCAGCACCACUGGAAUGAGAUCUAUCACUUUGUUGAACAUCUGGCUCAUAAGUUCAUAAGUCCACAGCUGCGGAUGUCCUUCAUCGUAUUCUCCACUGAGGGCAGGAUCCUAAUGAGGCUGACAGAGGAUAGGGAGAGGAUCCGUAUGGGCCUAGAAGAGCUGCAGAUGGUGCUGCCAGGAGGAGACACCUACAUGCACGAGGGCAUCCAGAGGGCCAGUGAGCAGAUAUACUAUGGAAAUACAGAAGGGUACCGGACAGCCAGUGUUAUCAUCGCUCUAACAGAUGGGGAGCUGCAUGAAGACCUUUUCUACUACGCUGAGAGAGAGGCCAACCGUUCGCGGAGUCUGGGUGCCUCGGUGUACUGCGUGGGGGUGAAGGACUUCAAUGAAACACAGCUAGCAAAGAUCGCUGACAGCAAGGACCAUGUGUUCCCAGUCAAUGAUGGGUUUGAGGCACUGCAGGGGGUCAUUGAUUCGAUAUUAAAGAAAUCCUGUAUUGAGAUACUGGCAGCUGAGCCCUCGAGUAUCUGUGCAGGAGAGACCUUCCAAGUGGUAGUGAAGGGAAAUGGCUUCCUGCACGCCCGCAACGUGGAAAAGGUCCUGUGCAGUUUCCGCAUCAAUGACACACUGACAAAAAUGGAGAAGCCGUUGGUGGUGAAGGACACUUAUCUUCUUUGCCCUGCUCCCGUUCUCCGGGAAGUGGGAACGGCUGCCUCUCUCUUUGUCAGCAUGAAUGAUGGCCUGAGCUUCAUCUCUAGUUCAGUCACCAUCACAACGAUGGGCUGUUCUGACGGAAAGAUCCUGGCCAUCGCUCUGCUCAUCCUGAUGCUGCUGCUUGUGUUAGCCCUGGUCUGGUGGUUCUGGCCCCUGUGCUGCACGGUGAUUAUACAUGAACCCCCUCCUCCGGUUGUUGAAGACAGCUCGGAUGAAGAGGAAGAUGGGUUUCCGAAGAAGAAGUGGCCGACAGUGGAUGCUUCCUAUUAUGGGGGCAGAGGGGUGGGAGGAAUCAAGAGGAUGGAGGUUCGCUGGGGAGAGAGGGGCUCCACAGAGGAAGGGGCGAAGCUGGAGAAGGCUAAGAACGCGCGGGUGAAGAUGCCCGAACAAGAGUUUGAGCUUCAGCCCUCCCGUACUCUCAACAACGGCAUGCGCAAACCACUGGGACCUCGAAAGUGGUACUCGCCCAUCAAGGGCAAGUUAGACGCUCUGUGGGUGCUCCUGAGGAAAGGCUAUGACCGCGUGUCUGUGAUGAGGCCACAGCCAGGAGACAAGGGCCGCUGCAUCAACUUCACCAGAACGAAAUCAAACACAGCCCCCCGUUAUCCGUUCUACAACCAUCAUUCCACUCCUAUCUACUGCCCUCCUCAAAACUUCAGCCCUCCCGCUCCCCAAGGCAUGCUCCCCCCCUCCCCACGCAGCUCCAUAUCCUCCCCUUCCCCUUCCACCACUUCCACACUGCCCCCACUGCCUCCAACACCUCCUCCUCUUUCUCUCACCCCGCCCCCUUACACUCCUCCACCAACCCGUGCCCUGCCUCCAACUUCCGUUUAUCUGCCCCCGCCUCCGGCUCCACCCACACCUUCACCUCCUGCGUCUCCCACGGGUUCCCUACCCCCUCUCCCUCAGACUCCCCUCAGCCGUGCCCCUCCUCCUGCCCGGCCACCGCCGCGCCCCUCUCCAUAGAGCCACACUUCUAACUGAAGCGGGAGGGACGCCAGCUUCUGGGGACUGCCCGGCCGAAAAGGAGUUUCAACAGAAGCAACCCGAAUGUCCCCCUCACUGUUGCCCCAACCUCCCCCACCUCCCAUUCCUGACUGUUCGCUCACUCUCAACUCCCAGUCAAACCACUCCAGCUAACUUUUCUACACAACUUGGUUCAGCUACACCAACAGCCAGCUGAGAAGCUUUCUGCAAGAAAAAAAGGAACAAUAACAGUUAUCAAUUUGCUGUUCUGCUUUUUUUGGGAGAGCAAAUAAUUUGCUAUGAAGCAUGGACUAAGCAUAAAAUGUGCUUUUGGCUGCUCCAAGAAUUCAUACUGCAGAAACACUCAGAAACACCCAUAAGCCUUGUUAUGACCCCUCGGACCACCAAAGAACCAACUCACCUCCCUGCACAGCCAGGAUGAAUAAGGAUUCUGUAUCUGAGGAAUCUUCUUUGUCUUUUCUCCUACUGCAGUGCAACACCAUAUGUGCAUUUGAUUCUGAUGUUUUCCUGAAAUUCAUCGUUUUAAAGUUGCAAGGGCAUUAUGAAUUAGUUUGGAAGGUCUUGAAAGGAGGGCAUUUUGGAAGUGCGUGUGGCAUCUUUAUUGGUGUCUGUAUUUCAAAAUUGUGGGGUUCUCCAUUGUUUGUUGUGACCUCCAUGUGAGAUCCCUUGCUCAGGGAGGAAUAAUCAAGGAUACAUACUGACGAUACACAUCGCAACAAGUGGCCAGGAUUUGAGAUUGAAGUGAGCUGAAUAGAACACAAUACAGACAAGCAAUCCCACAGACCUGAAACUGAACCUUUCUUCUUUUAAGGAGCACAGGUUACAGAUGAUUGAGUGGAGUGGCUUACAAUUGAUCAGUGUCAGAUUGCCUCUUACUGUUGCAAAGAGCCGUAAUAACCAGAACUGAUGAUAGCUUCGGUACGAGAACAUACUACAGGGUAGAAAUUUGCAGGUGAACUUCUGGGAAGCAGGCCUGUUACUCCUUUGCAUUGCACAAUAAUUGCAAAAGAGAGAAGAGGCUUUAUGUGACCUAUAUCCUGGUUGUCAAUACAGUAAACUGAACUGCACACAGUAUUGUUCAUGACAUAAAAUGAGGAUCAGGAAUGCCAGAGAAAGGCAAAAAAACUCCAAAACCUCUUUUAGAAUAAGUGUGCUGUUCGAGAACUCUGUUGGAAAUCAGUCAGAAUGAGUUUUCUUGCGGUAUCUGUGUGUGUGCGCAGUAUGUGUACGCAUGGUUCUUAGCAUUUUCUGAAUCAUUUUAUACAUAUGUAUAAAUAUAAAUAUAUACAUUUCUCUUUUAAAUUCUUCUACAUUGUUAAUUUAGCUACAGAUAUCUUUAUAAGUUGAUCACUACAAGUGAAGCAAUGGACCAUAAAAACCAAUAAAUAUUAAUCUUGUAUAAGAAAUUUCAUGCGUAUGCCAUCGGAGAUACUAUGCAAUCCAGGGUUUUUGGGAUCAAAAGUGUGUGGUUUCUUUGUUUUUGUUGUUUUUGAUGUUGAUGAUUUUGUACAUAUUUUACAUCAGUGUUCUUAAAUGAAAGCCUAUCUAUCCUUUUCAUCAUGCCUUGGGCUUGGUUGAGCAUCAAUGUCCACAUAGUAUAAAUUAUUGUAAAGCCAGUAACAUCUUGUGGCCUUAUAUUGUUGUGCUCAGAAUUCUGCUUCAACAUGCUUGUAAAAGUUGCAUGCCUUAUUGUUAUUGAUGCUGUGGCCUUUGAAUCAAUGUGGUAAAGAAAUCAAAACCUUCUGCGGACCUUGGCCCUUAAAUCAGGAGAUUUUGGCUCAGUGUUUUUAACCCUCUCUCAUUCUCAAGACUCCAAACAGACCUUGGUCAAAUGGGUAAUUAUUUUGGAUUCAAAUACUUUGCUGGUAUUGGACCUAUGAAAUACUCUCAAAAAUUGCAAACCUCACCUUCGUGUCCUCCUGGUUGUCUCAAUUGCACCAGGCAAGAUCAAUCGAGUACAGAAAGUAUUUUACGUCCAAAACAAUUAUGUACAUGUAUUUCACCCAGGUCUGGCUCCAAACCCAAUCAAUGGAGCAACAGUAUUAAUCAUGAAUGAUCAAUGAAUAAGAAAUGGGUCACACUUUACACAAAGUACAUUGGGCAUCAGUCUUCACAGAGAAUGUACAGUAAACACCUUUGUUAAUAUGUCACAAUGUAAAUGUAAAUCUUUCAUAAAGAAACAAUAAUUUAUGAAGGAUAUGAUGUGUUUUUGCAAAAAUGUUAUUCUUAAAUGUGACAAGCUAUCCUGUUACUUAAGGUCAGUCCUCUGAUACAGAAUUACUGCACAAAUAUGCAUGAAUUAUAAAAGGUAUGCUGUGGCCAUGAAUGUUUCGCAUUAUACAUGCAUCAUGUCAGGAAUACAGAUACUUUGUGCAUGGUGUGACUAGAGUGCAAUAAAUCAAUGAAUGCUGUCAGGCACCAGUGUGGUACGUCAAAGUAAAAUCAACCCAGAGAUAAUUUGUCUUCUUUUGUCUUGUUUUUGAGGCCCCCUGCUACAAUGUGUUCACUUAUAUGGUAAUAUGAGUUUGCAUAUGUAGUAUGUAAUAAAAUUGAGUCCUAACCUG